ACGCCGUUGAGCUCAAAAAAUGUUAGCCUGUGUUGUUAAAUCUGAAAGCUACAGGGGAUUUGCCAGACGGAAAUAAUAUCGUUUUACCGCCUUAGAAACACAUGUACAGCCCACAUAUUUGCGUAGCGCUUUUUUAUACGUUUUUCUAUCCGCUUGCAGCGAGCGUCUUGGGUUUAUCCUGAGAGAAAGUUGGUUGGUUAUUUUGUGGGAGUGAUGUCGAAUCCUGGGACUCGAAGGAACGGGUCAAGCAUCAAAAUCCGACUGACAGUAUUAUGUGCCAAGAAUCUGGCAAAGAAAGACUUCUUUCGGUUGCCUGAUCCUUUCGCCAAAGUGGUGGUGGAUGGCUCGGGUCAAUGCCACUCUACAGACACGGUCAAAAGCACAUUGGACCCCAAGUGGAAUCAGCAUUACGACCUGUAUAUUGGGAAGACUGAUUCCAUCACCAUUAGCGUAUGGAACCACAAGAAGAUCCAUAAGAAGCAGGGUGCGGGUUUCUUAGGCUGUGUGCGGCUCCUGUCCAACGCCAUCAGCAGACUAAAAGACACCGGCUACCAGCGUUUAGACUUAUGCAAGUUGAACCCAUCUGACAGUGAUGCUGUCCGUGGACAAAUCGUUGUGAGUCUGCAGACCAGAGACAGAAUUGGCAGUGGAGGGCCUGUGGUCGACUGUAGAGGACUGGUAGAGAAUGAAGGGCCUGUCUUUGAAGACUCGGGGCCCGGGCGGCCUCUCAGCUGCUUCAUGGAGGAGCCCAUGCCAUACACAGAUCCUACAGGAGCCGCUGGUGGAGGCAACUGCCGUGCACUCGAGUCGCCCAAUCAGGAGCAACGGCUCCAAGCACAACGCAUCAGAAACCAAGAUUCCAGAGGGCAUGCACACACCCCCCAAAACAGACCACACGGACCCCAAUCCCCUGACCUCCCUGAGGGCUAUGAGCAAAGAACCACCGUGCAGGGCCAAGUCUAUUUUCUGCACACACAGACUGGCGUGAGCACCUGGCAUGAUCCCAGAAUACCCCGGGAUUUGAACAGCGUGAGUUGUGAGGAGCUGGGCCCUCUGCCGCCCGGCUGGGAGAUCAGGAGCACUGUGUCAGGACGAAUUUAUUUUGUCGACCACAAUAAUAGAACCACGCAAUUCACCGACCCCAGGUUACACCACAUCAUGAGCCAACACUCUCAGGUGAAGGAGUCGAGCCAGGCUCUGCCCGUACAGAUAGAAGUUGGCAUGGAGGAAGGUGAUGGCGAGUUACCGGUGCGCUACGAGAGAGAUCUGGUCCAGAAACUCAAAGUUCUCCGCCAUGAGCUCUCCCUGCAGCAGCCUCAAGCCGGCCACUGCCGCAUAGAAGUGUCCCGCGAGGAGAUCUUUGAGGAGUCUUAUAGACAGAUCAUGAAGAUGAGACCCAAAGACCUGAAGAAGCGGCUGAUGGUGAAGUUCAGAGGAGAGGAGGGGCUGGAUUACGGUGGAGUUGCUAGGGAAUGGUUGUAUCUCCUCUGCCAUGAGAUGCUGAAUCCAUACUACGGCCUGUUUCAGUACUCGACUGAUAACAUCUACACACUACAGAUCAACCCAGACUCAUCCAUCAACCCUGACCACUUGUCUUACUUCCACUUUGUUGGGCGGAUUAUGGGUCUGGCUGUUUUCCACGGGCACUACAUCAAUGGAGGCUUCACCUUGCCCUUCUACAAGCAGCUCCUGGGGAAGCCCAUCCAACUUUGUGACCUUGAGACUGUGGACCCAGAGCUGCACAAGAGCCUCGUCUGGAUACUAGAGAAUGACAUCACAUCUGUUUUGGACCACACCUUCUGCGUAGAACAUAAUGCUUUUGGCAAAUUCCUCCAACAUGAGCUGAAACCAAACGGCAAGAACAUCCCGGUCACAGAGGAGAACAAGAAAGAAUAUGUGAGGCUGUAUGUCAACUGGAGAUUCAUGCGUGGCAUUGAGGCCCAAUUCCUUGCCCUGCAGAAGGGCUUCAACGAACUCAUACCACAGCAUCUGCUCAAGCCUUUUGACAACAAGGAACUUGAGCUGAUCAUCGGAGGUUUGGGCAAGAUCGAUCUGAACGACUGGAAGGCCAACACACGGCUGAAGCACUGUGUGGCUGACAGUAACAUAGUGAAGUGGUUCUGGCAGGCAGUUGAAUCGUUUGACGAGGAGAGGAGAGGCAGACUGUUACAGUUCGUCACAGGCUCCACACGUGUCCCUCUACAAGGCUUCAAAGCACUGCAAGGUUCUACAGGUUCUGCAGGACCAAGACUCUUCACUAUUCAUUUAAUUGAUGCCAACACAGACAACCUGCCCAAAGCCCACACAUGCUUCAACCGGAUCGACAUCCCGCCUUACGAGUCAUACGAGAAGCUCUACGAGAAGCUCCUGACGGCCGUGGAGGAGACAUGUGGCUUUGCAGUGGAGUGAGCGAGUGCCCUGUCCAGCCAACCAGCAAUGGCAGCAAACCCACCAAACAGCCCCAGCCAUCCUUUUCACCCCCUCCCCUUCUCCAGGACAGACAGACUGGUGUCUCCUGACAGACUUUAGCAUCACCCGCCAGCUGGAAACUGCAACGGAGAGGAGCGACCACCCAAGGGCAAAACUCUCAAAGACUAAUGAUUCCUCACAACGGGAUUCGAGAAUUGUUUCACAUUACCACAAUAAGUUAGAGAGAAAUCUGGUCAACAGUUCGCAUUGUCUUUGUCACUGAAGCGGUGGGCUGAUAGCGUCUGACUGUAACGCGAGUAUGUUUGUGCUGCAGUAGAGCCUCGCUGAGCCUGUGGUCUACAUGAAUAGAGCUGACGUUUUAGUCUAGGUGGAGUAUUUUAACAUACACAGAGCCUGUGACCAUUAAACCAGUUUACCAGCAAAUGCAUCUUGAAGGACAAGGGUGGUCUGCGUUGUUAUGCUCGGUAUCGUCUCUUAUUUGACUUUAUUUUCUUGUGUCCUGUUCAGUACUAUAGGAUGGCAUUUCAGUGGUAUCCAUUUCCUGUACUCAUCAGCGUUCUCACUGUAGAAAUUAACUCGAUUGCUUGAAAUGUAUUAUUGAAAUGUUUUUUUUUUUUGUCUAAGAUCAAGAACAUGCUUAACAGCGAGUAUUAGUCCUGUUGUGGGAACUGUGAAUCUCACAGCACCCGUGUGUUAAUGUUCCUCAACUGAAGCACAACGAUCAUGUGCAGUCUAGAGAAGGACCCAAAGCCCUUGCAAAGUCAGCGGUUUCCUGAGCGAGCCAGUAUUUUCGUCACAUCUUUUUUUUUAUGGCAUUUUUAUCCAGUGAGCAUUCCUCCGUUGUCAACAAAAGACCUAUUUUUAAAGGUAAUGUUUAAUGAAUGGUGUUUUAAUAUGCAGAUUUUGAAGCAAAUCACCUUCUUGAAAAACAUUCUAAUCCACUGUGUCCGUUAACACGCCUAAACUGGACUCCUAAACAUAGUUUUGCAAAGAAAACGAAUGUUGAGUGUUUUGAAGAAGCUCUUCUUGUCCUUAAUUUUGAUAGACCCCAUUAAUCUCUUUAAUGAAUCCAACCAUUAUCAUAUGGUAACUUGGCAUUAACCGUUUUAACGUAAUGUACCAUAAAAUUCAACUCUAGACUGUUAUUCGCGUGUCUUCAUUCAAACCACUGCUUCAAGUAACAUUCAGCACUUUCGCUGGCAAGUGUUCAAUCACCCGUCAUGGAGUGUUUAUUCCCCUGCAGACGAACGUUUAGCUGUGGUGGUACAUCUGCAGACUCUGAUGGAGUGGGGUUUGGUCCAGGUUUUGGUGUGGUGAAAGAGCAGGGGAGAGUCUUGGAUUUCAUUAUGUAGUGCUUGAUGUGCAUGGCACCUGAUUAUUCUUUAUAAAUGUAAAGGAUGAGCCAACCUCAGUGUUUCUUCAACCACUUUUGUCUCUUUCUCUUUUUUUUUUUUUUUUUACCAAUUAUUUAUUACCAUGUAAUGUCCUUUUAAGUAUUGCUGCUAUUACCAUUAUUCCAUUGUUUUCAGAGAAGGCUGAGUUCUUGUGAAAGCUGUACACUAAUCUCUUUUAUUUUAUGUAUGAAUCAAAGUAUUUAAACCUGCUGCUGAUUCUUCAGGAUGUUAAUAGGAGGGUUCCCCCGACCUUUGACCUGGAUGGAGUUAGCAAGUGAUGUAGGCUGGGCCCCGGUGGUCAUGUUCAUAUUUGUGAUAUAUGCAAUAAAAACCAUCACCUUUAUAUUCUUGGUUCUGUCUUAAAAUGUCUCUUUCCUCACUUAAUGUGUAUCGGAUCGGUCAGAAUUGGUGUCUUUGACGAGUGUGCAAAAAUGAAGUUUUCUGUUUUUUGAGUGGUGAAAGUUUUUAAACUUGCUUAAAAGACAAAAGAGGUGACGUUUAAUGUUGUGUAAUUGUGGGAAUGGCUAGUGAGCUUGAAGAUGAGUAUGGACUUUGCCUGAAGUUACAGUUGUUUUCAGAUUUCUCUAAAGAAAAACCUUUUUCCAAGUAAUGUGACCAGUAUCAUCACAUUGUACAAUUAUUAGGUCCUGAGUGUCAUUGUUUAUUCGAUGCAAGAGUAAUGUAACUUACUAUGUACUAAACAUUUCUGAAAAAAUUCAGUGUAAAUAAGAUUAUAUUAAAGAAACU